CCGGCGGGCUGGCGGCCCUGCUCGGCGGGGCCUGCCGGGAGCAUGGCUGCCAGGGAGGCGGGCGGCGUCGUGCUGGGCAAGGCCGCCGACAAGCUCUUCUCGCUGAGCGGGCUGUUCGCGGUGUACAAGCCCAAGGGGCCCACCUCGGCCGGCGUGCUCAACAUCCUAAAGGAGAAGCUGCUAGCAGAAGCUGGUGUGCAAACAAAUGGGAACAAAAGAAAUCAAGUUUUGAAAAUUGGACAUGGUGGAACUUUGGACAGUGCAGCAGCAGGAGUUCUGGUGGUUGGUAUUGGAAAAGGAACUAAAAUGCUGAAAACUAUGUUGGCAGGUUCCAAGAAAUACACUGCUAUUGGACUAUUGGGCAAAGCUACUGAUACGUUAGAUGCUACAGGAAAAGUAACUGAAGAAAAACCUUAUGACCAGAUAACAAAAGGAGAUCUUGAAAAUGUGCUGCAAAAGUUCACAGGGGACAUAAUGCAGGUUCCUCCACUCUAUUCUGCUCUGAAGAAGGAUGGAGAAAGGCUAUCAACUCUAAUGAAGAGAGGAGAAGCAGUUGAAGCAAAGCCUGCUCGGCCAGUGAGAGUGUACAGCCUCUCUCUCCAACAGUUCCAGCCACCGCUGUUCACACUGGAUGUCGAAUGUGGUGGUGGCUUUUAUGUCAGGAGUCUGGUCAGUGACAUUGGCAAAGAACUUUCUACCUGUGCCACUAUGCAAGAGCUGACCCGAACCAAACAUGGACCAUUUACGCUAGAGGAGCAUGCCCUUUAUGAAGACAAAUGGACAAUUGAUGAAAUUGCACGAUCCUUAGAGCACUGCACGUCUCUUCUCCCAGGAGAGCCAUCUCAUAAAAAAUUGAAGACAGAGCAUCCUGGUGAAACUGCUGUGAGCUGUAAGAUAAGUGAUAAGUUGGGUCAAGGAAAAAGACUGAAUGAUUGAGACAUUUUAAGAUUGGAUUGGGAUUGUCUUGCCUCCUGUGUAAAUCUAUAAGUCUGUACGGGAAAAGUGACAAAUGGCAGUGCAAGAAAAAUGGUUCUUUUGUUUUCGGGGUUAGAACAUGCACUGAAAAUGUCCAGCACUUGCUGUUUCCCGAUCUGUGUAUUUUCCUUUCUGCACACCAUGAAUGGAUCUGCCACUGAUGUCAAAUCUUCAUAAACUUUUAAAGAACUUGUAGGGUGCAAUAUAGCUGCCGUUGCUGAUUCCUCAAUAAAAAGUUACAAACAUUAA